AUGGCCGGCCCGUGGGCCUGCGCCCUCCUCUGCGGCUUGCUGGCAGCCACCUCGGUCGAAGCCACUCUCAGCCCCACUGCAGUUCUCAGCCUUGGCCCCGAAGUCAUCAGAGAAAGGCUGACGCAGGAGCUGGAGGAGCACAAUGCCACGGUCAUCCUCCAGCAGCUCCCGCUGCUCAGCACCAUGCAGGACCAGCCGACUGGCCUCCUGGGCAGCCUGGUGAACUCGGUCAUGAGCUCCAUCAUCUGGCUCAAGGUCACCUCGGCUAACAUCCGCCAGCUACAGGUGUAUCCCUCAGAGGACUACCAGGAGCUGGUGAUCACGAUCCCCCUGGACAUGGUGGCCGGCUUCAACACGCCCUUGAUCAAAACCAUCGUGCAGAUGCACAUGGAGACCGAGGCCCAAGCCGUCAUCCAAGUGCAGGCCAGCAAGGGGACCCCCACCCGCCUCGUCGUUAGCGACUGCUCCAGCAGCCACAGGAGCCUGCGCAUCAGCCUGCUCAACAAACUCUCCUUCCUGGUCAACCCCUUAGCGAAAAAGGUCACGAGCCUCCUGAUGCCAGCCCUGCCGGAUAUGGUGAGAGAAGAGCUAUGUCCCGUGAUCGAGGCGGCCUUCGACGACAUGUACGCGGACCUCCUGCGCCUGGUGACAGUGCCCGUGGCACUCAACCCUGGGAGCCUGCAGUUUGACCUUCUGUCUCCUGUCAUUGAUGUUGAUGUCAUCCAGUUCAACCUGGUGGCCAGCCUGGUGAACUCGGAAGGGAAGGUGAGCAAGUGGUUCAACGGCUCUGCAGGCUUCCUGACCGUGCCCACCCUGGACAGCAUCCCCGUCCGCCUCAUCGUGAAGUACGACCUGGUGAACGCCGCCGUGGCGUCCUUGCUCCCGCCGGAGGAGUUCCUGGUCCUGCUGGACUACGUGCUCCCCAAGCUGGCCCGCCAGCUGAAGGCCAGCAUCAGUGCGUUCAAUGCAAAGGCCGCGAGUCAGCUGGGGCCCACGCAGAUGGUGAAGAUCCGAACUCAGAAGAGCCCCGAGAUCCUGCUGAGCCAGGACGAGGCCAGGGUGGCCCAAGUGAUCCAGCUGGAAGUGUUCGCCACCGAGAAGGCCCACCACCCCCUCUUCACCCUGGGCAUCGAGGCCUACUCGGAAGCUCAGUUUUACAGCAGUGGGGAUCAAUUUGUGCUCAGCUUUAAAGACAUCAGUUCUGACCGGAUCCACCUGAUGAAUUCGGGCAUUCAGCCGUUCAAUCCCGAGCUCCUGAAAGACGUCGUCACCGACAUCCUGACCUCUGUGCUGCUGCCGACCCAGAACGGCAAAUUAAGACCUGGGCUCACGAUGUCCAUGAUGAAGGCCUUGGGAUUCCCGGAAGUCGUGUGGUCUCUGACCAGGAACGCCCUCGUGAUCACCCCGGUCCCCUGGUAG